AGAAGCGGGAAACAAGAAAAGAAAAUGAAGGGAGAAGCCACCGUGAUGGGCCGCUGCUUCGUUCGCCAGCACCUCUCUACUUUCAUCGGCGUCGAUGCUGCUUUGGUGCUCGUCUACGACUCCGUGGCGGUGGAUAAUUCAGCAGUGUUGUGUGGCUGAAACCGAUUUUGCGGUGCUUUUCCCCCCUCCACAAUCCACGUAGCUUGCAUGGGCUUUCGUCUUCCUCGUACGUGCUUCUCGUUUUCUGUGCCUACCGUUUUUCAAAAUUCCGUCUUUCACUUGUCCACAGCUACCUUCAAAAUCCACUUGGAAGAUGGAAACUUUUCAGAUGCCAAAGAACAAUUUGCAACCUUGUGUUCCAACGGGCGUAUCAGAGAAGCGUUUCACAGCUUUGUUUCUUAUAUUUGGUCUGAACCCCGUUUGUUCUCAAAUCUCAUACAAGCAUGCAUUCCCACAAAGUCUGUUUCUUUGGGGAAGCAGCUUCAUUCUUUGAUUAUUACUUCUGGCUGUUCCUCCGACAAGUUUGUUUCCAACCAUCUCCUCAACCUGUAUUCGAAAUUUGGGGAGCUCCGAGCUGCAGUCUUACUGUUUGAUAGAAUGCAUAGUAGGAACAUCAUGUCGUGUAACAUCAUGAUCAAAGCCCAUCUUGAAAUGGGUAGUUUUGAGAGUGCCAAGAAACUGUUUGAUGAAAUGCCCGAGAGGAAUGUUGCUACUUGGAAUGCAAUGGUCACGGGGUUGGCUAAGUUUGAAAUGAAUGAGGAGUCUUUGUUCUUGUUUUCACGGAUGAAUGCGUUGGGCUUCAUGCCGGAUGAGUACUCGCUGGGUAGUGUGCUCAGGGGAUGUGCACACCUCACAGCUUUGUUUGCAGGCCAACAGAUUCAUGCUUAUGUUAUGAAAAGUGGGUUUGAGUUUAAUUUGGUUGUCACAUGCUCUUUAGCUCACAUGUACAUCAAAGCUGGAAGCUUGAGUGAUGGAGAGACAUUGAUCAGAUUGAUGCCAAAUUAUAAUGUGGUUGCUUGGAAUACACUUAUGUCUGGGAAAGCUCAAAAUGGGUGUUUUGAAGGAGUUUUAGAUCAAUACUGUAUGAUGAAAAAGGCAGGUUUCAGACCAGAUAAGAUUACUUUUGUGACAGUGAUCAGUUCAUGUUCGGAGUUAGCCACACUUGGUCAAGGGAAGCAAAUACAUGCCGAAGCAAUCAAAGCAGGAGCUAGUUCUAUAGUUGAUGUAGUUAGCUCAUUAGUUAGUAUGUAUUCAAGAUGUGGAUCCUUGAAAGACUCUAUGAAAGCUUUUUCAGAAGGCAAACAGCGAGAUAUUGUAUUGUGGAGCUCAAUGAUUUCUGCUUAUGGGUUUCAUGGUCGAGGGGAAGAAGCUAUAAAACUCUUUGAUGAGAUGGAACAGGAAAAUUUGCCAGGAAAUGAAGUUACAUUUUUGAGCUUGUUAUAUGCAUGUUGUCAUUGUGGAUUGAAGGACAAAGGGCUUGAUUUCUUUGAGUUGAUGGUACAAAAGUAUGGGCUCAAGGCUAGACUAGAACACUAUAAUUGUGUCGUUGACCUACUAGGUAGGUCUGGUUGUUUGGACGAUGCAGAGGCUGUGAUACGUUCCAUGCCUAUGAAACCAGAUGCAAUUAUAUGGAAAACACUCUUAUCUGCAUGUAAGAUCCACAAGAAUGCAGAAAUGGCAAAACGGGUUGUCGAAGAAGUUCUUAGGAUCAAUCCUCAAGAUUCAGCAUCAUAUAUUCUACUUGCCAAUAUUCAUGCUUCUGCUAAUAGGUGGCAGGAUGUUUCUGAGGUGAGGAAGGCCAUGAGAGGCAAGAUGUUGAAGAAAGAACCAGGCAUAAGUUGGGUAGAAAUAAAGAAUCAGGUUCACCAGUUCUGUUUGGAUGAUAAAUCCCACCCACAAUCUGCGGAGAUCAAUCGGUAUCUGGAAGAACUAACUUCAGAAAUGAAGAUGCGCGGCUAUGUCCCAGAUACUAGCUCUGUAAUGCAUGACAUGGACAAUGAGGAGAAAGAAUACAACUUGGCACACCACAGUGAGAAGAUGGCAAUUGCUUUUGCUUUGAUGAAUUGUCCAGAGGGAAUGCCAAUAAGGGUGAUGAAGAACUUGCGCGUUUGUAGUGAUUGCCAUGUUGCCAUUAAGUACAUAUCGGAGAUAAAAAAUUUGGAAAUUAUAGUGCGAGAUGCUAGCAGGUUUCACCAUUUCAAAGAUGGUACAUGUUCUUGUGGAGAUUAUUGGUAAUGAACAAGUUUUUCAUUGAUCACCAUUCAAGUGUACUUCAGUACUUGUAUAUACUCUUGUUUA